CCGAGCGCCAUGGCAGCGGCUUGGCCACAACCGCGGCGCCCGACGGCUCCCCUCGCCUCGCUCGGGCGACCUCCUCCAUGAUUGGCCCGCCUUCUCUGGCGACGAAUGGACGACGAGGGACGCCGAGCAAGCAACCUUCGGAGGCGUCCCAUGCGGGCACCCUCGGGCUCACCUGCAGCGCCGCCAUUGGAUUGGCGCUCAGAGCGCAGCAUGCAGGCGGCUUCUGGCUGCAUCUCGUUGCAUGCUUGUGUGGGUACAGCUGCAGCGCCGAGUGCGCUAGGAGCAGCGGGAGGGGUGCGCAACAGAGACGCAGGCAUGCGGCGCGGCGCAGACGCCGCACCCGCACCGCAGCUGCGCAAGCCAACGACCCGACCCGGCAUCGCCUCGCCGCCUGAGGCUCUGCGCCAGCUGCACUGCACCCGACGUUCUCGCAGUGCCAGCAGGCAGCAUGCACAAGCCUCCAGCUGAAGCCGGCAUGCACGAGCAAGAGCGGGUGCACGGAGCGGGCUCGCACCCUCACUUGCCGCACCGCCGCCCGCCGCGACAGCCGCCACGAUGGAAUGCUCCGCGCACCGCACCGCCGCAAGAAGGGCGAGGCUGGACCCACAUGCCAGCAUGCA